CGCAGUCACUCGGCGGGAGUUUCGUAAGUACCCGGGGCGGCGCGGAAUCACGAACCGGACUGACGCGGGAGAGGACCUCGGCGGUGACGCCGAGUCUGCAGAGUUUGGAAAACAGAGAUCCUUAUACGUUCAACUGGGAGCUAGUGAAUUCACAAAGUGAUCAGGGGCUAAGAUAGGUUCUCUCUACUGAGUUCUUGAAGACAGCAGUCAGUGAUAAUAAUCUUGCUGCUGAGAAUCAUGGAGGAGGCAAGUGAGGGCAUUUGAAGCACAAGACCUAUUAUGGGAUAGCAAAGCCCCUGUGAGGCUGGAGCUGGAAUGUGAAGAACAGAUCACCUCAUUUUCCUGUUUUCCUAUUCUCAUCCAGGAUGACUUCAGUGACCAGAUCAGAGGACCAGGAACCAGCGAUGUCCGAGACUCCGGAUCAUCAAUUGCAACCAAGUCUCAAGACUUUGGAAGCGUUGCCUCCAUCCUCUGCCUACCAGGAAAUGGUGACACAAGACGUUUCAAAGGAAAAAAACCACUUUGGCCCUGAAGAGGGGGACAGUUGUGGUGCUGACCACCAGGAGGGACCUCAGUUGAGGUCUUUUCAUUUGGACCCUCUAGAACAGUCUCUCCGUCAUCAAGACAGAAGGCAGUCCUGGAGACGAGCAAGCAUGAAAGAAAUAAGCCGGCGGAAGUCAUUGGCUCCCUUUCACCCGGGCAUCACAGAGCUCAGCAGGUCAAUCAGUGUGAAGUUAGCACAGAGCCAACGGCUUGGGGCCCUCCUGCUCUCCAGCUUCCAGUUCUCUGUUGAAAAACUUGAACCUUUCUUAAAGACUACUAAGGACUUCAGCCUUGAAUGUUUUCGAGCAAAAGCAUCUUCUCUCUCUGAAGAAUUGAAACAUUUUACAGAAAGGCUGGGAAAUGAUGGAACACUGCAAAAAUGUUUUGUUGAAGAUUCAGAAGAAAAAGCGGCAGAUUUUUCACUGGGAGCAUCAGUAGCUGAAGUGAAAGAAUAUAUCACAAAGUUUUCUCUAGAGCGUCAGGCCUGGGAUCAGCUCUUACUGCAGUACCAGAACGAGGUUCCACCUGAAGAGAUGCCCAGAGGAUCCACUGAAGCCAGAAUUGCUGACGUCAAGGUGGAUCCUGCGGCCUACCUCAAGUCUUCCCAGACGGGGGUUCUUACCACGAAGCCCGACUACCAGAGAAUAGUGCAAGAUCAGAACCAAGUCUUUGCCUGCAUGGAGUUAGUGAUGGAUGAGCUACAAGGAUCAGUGAAGCAGCUGCAAGCCUUCAUGGAUGAAAGUGCUCAGUACCUCCAGAAGGUGUCAGUACAGCUCAGGAAGAGAAGUAUGGACCAAUUAGACUCUUCACCUGCUCGAAAACUGCUCAAGCUCCCCUACACCACUCACCUACCACACAGUGAUCAGGAGCCUGUCAGGGGUCUGACCUCACUGUAGUCAGCUGGAAAGUCCCAGUUCUACAGCACUUCACUGUUUCCGAGUGACAGUGUGGAUGCAGAAGGGUGUGUUAAGGACACUUUUUGUGGGGAUGUGCAAGAUGCUUAAGAUGACCUUCAGAGCCAGUUGUCUGUUGCUCUAACCAACCUCAAGGAAAUGUUUUAGGGGCCAAGGUGGGUUGUAAUAAAAGACUGAUGCUAAAGUUAG